AUGACAUUAUAUCCCCCUACGUCUUCGUUAUAUUCCAAUCCCUCUACCGAUUUUCUCCAGAACUACACAAAGAAUUCACCACCAAACAGUACGAAGACUGUUGUCAACAUAUCAUUCAACGCUUUUCAUUUAAUAGAGUUUGAUGACAUGAACGGUAAAUUUUCAGUAAGUGGAUACUUAGAAACGUCCUGGAUAGAUUCAAGAAUUGCCACGAUUUGGGAUUCCUCGUGGGCCCUCGAAACGGUGUAUUUCAAGGAAUCAGAAGUUUGGACUCCAGAAAUUCGUCAGAUGAAUCAUAACAGCAGAUUUGAUCUUGAGAAAAUGGUCGAUGAAACAGUAAUGUUUUACAGAGAUGGUUCUGCAUUGAUGUUUAAAACGGACGUAUUUACUUCGUACUGCAAUACAGACUUUUUCGCUUUUCCUUGGGACACACAGCAUUGUUCGAUAGACGUAGUGGCAUGGGGGUUCUUUAAGGGAGAAAUAAUCUUACAAGCAUCUGAGAGUGAAGUCAACACAAAGUUUUACGAACAAAACAAAGAUUGGAAAUUAGAAAACACAAAAAUCAGUGUUGACAACGUUGAUUAUUUCGGAAAGAAUGGAACUUCCAAGAUUUCCAACGCUAAGAUUGAGUUUCAGAUACAACGUCACCCAUCCUAUCACCAAUUUACCUUAGUCGCUGAGCACAUUCCAAGAUCAACAGCUACUAAUUACACAUAUAUGGGAAUGAAGGUGAUUUUUGAUCUUCUGAUGGCAGGCUUUGUCCAGUUUUGUGUAGUCGUUAUUCAUCGUGUCUACAGUAAAGGUAUAAAGGUCUGUGGAGUCUGUUGCGUCUGCAAAGUCCCCAAGAUAGACUAUGAAGACACCAAUACUACUUCUGACGAGGAUCAUGAUCAUAAACAAAACACUGUCGACGCCCUCAGGGUGCAUUGGGGAAAGAAAUUGGACAGAUACUGUUAUAGG